GCGUCAUGACGACAGGACCCCCCCGCAAAUUCAGUCCCUCGCUUUUUUUCUUGGGCGGCGUUGGCGGUUUUUUAAGCCAAUCAGGCUUUUUAUUGGGGGGGGGGAAAGCGGGUCUCUUGGCAACGCUCGGCUGGGCCUGGGGUGCUACAGCAGCCGUCCUGCCUUUGCUUCGAGGGGGGACUUACCCCUGCCCCACUCACUGUAGCCUGGGGGCUUAGCCCUGCCUGCCUCACCCACUCUGCUCCUGCGGGGGGUGGGGGGACUUGAGUGGCUUAGCCUUGCCCCCCCUGUUUCUUGGGGUGCAACCCGACGGGCUUAGUCCUGCCCCAGCCCCGCAGCUGCUAGGCGGGAACGACGGGUGGGGUCCCCCCCCCCGCUCUGGUUUCCUGCAGCCUCCCCCCAUCCCCUCUCUCUUCCUUUCCCUUGUGACUGUCGCCGCGGAAGGAGCUGGCGAUGGACGUCUUCGAGGACUUGCGGCGAAUGAACAAACGCCAGCUAUAUUACCAAGUAUUAAAUUUUGCCAUGAUUGUGUCUUCUGCACUUAUGAUAUGGAAAGGUCUGAUUGUCAUCACGGGAAGUGAAAGCCCUAUUGUUGUGGUACUCAGUGGCAGUAUGGAACCAGCAUUUCAUAGAGGAGAUCUGUUGUUUUUAACAAAUUUCCAAGAAGAUCCUAUUAGAGCUGGUGAAAUAGUUGUUUUUAAAGUUGAAGGCAGAGAUAUCCCAAUAGUUCACAGAGUAAUCAAAAUCCAUGAAAAAGAAAAUGGAAACAUCAAAUUUCUGACUAAGGGUGAUAAUAAUGAAGUUGAUGAUAGAGGCUUGUACAAAGAAGGUCAGAACUGGCUAGAAAAGAAGGAUGUUGUUGGAAGAGCGAGAGGCUUUUUGCCUUAUGUUGGGAUGGUUACCAUAAUAAUGAAUGACUACCCAAAAUUUAAGUAUGCUCUUUUGGCAGUAAUGGGAGCAUAUGUAUUACUGAAACGUGAAUCCUAAAACAGGAAGAAAAAAGGCCUUGCCCAAGAUUGAAGUUAAAACUAUUGGAAAAACUAAUAUAUUUCAAAUGUUCCAAAAUCUUUAUCAGGUUACGCAAAGAUGUGCAAACUUUUGUUUCAUCCAAAUAAAUUGAGUAAUGAGUAAA